UGUAUGUAUGAAUACAAUAUAUAAACUGUGAAAUUCAAUCAACUAGCUAGCUAGAUUGCUUGCAAUUAAGUGCUUCCUUCCUUUCUUUAAUUAUCUUAUUCUCUAAUCUAAAGUCUAUCAUAUUGAUUUUUACUUAUCAAAUUGAGUAGGGUUUUUUUUUUUUUGCCCCAAAAUUGUGUACGUAGGAAUUAGGAUAAUAGAUUCGUACCAUUUUUUAUUUUUAUUUUUUUAAAAAAAAAUAAAAUACUAGCUUUUUAUAAAGGUCAAGAGCGGAACAAAAGGUUGUCACAUGAGUACAGGGCCAAGAAUAAAAUGUGCAAGGGAACUAGACAAAAUUUUGUACAAUACUAAUGUAUGUAUAUAUAACAGUUUGAUAGAGUAUAUAAAUCAAUCUUGAGUUUUGAAGAUUGUUAAAUUAAGUACCUCUAAUUAGAAAAAAUUAAGUGUGUCUUAUUGCAAAACACUAUCCACCUAUCCUAAUUACCUAGAUGCAUGUUCUGAUAUGGUUUUGUUUUUUUUCUUUCUUUCUUUAGUAAUUAUUUUCAUUUUCUGUGCAAUCAAUAUAAUUUGAUAUAGUAAGAGUGUAAGACACUAAGACUACACAUUUAAGCUGACAUGUCUUUUUUUUUUUCUUUUUUCUUUUUUUUUUUUUUUGUCACAUGAUUUAACUAAUUUUCCUAAAAGUUUAUAAAAUUUCUUGUGUAGGUCAUAGUUUGUCAUUUUGGUGUUGUCUUUUGUUAUUUAACUCAAAAUUCACUUCACUUGCUGUAAGCCAUAAUAUAUAUUUUUGUAUAUACUAAGAUACAAAAAUCAUAUCCUCUUAAAUUUUGAGAGUAUGCAAUUGCUAGGUUGAAUUUAACGUCUUAAAUUGUCUUGGAUUCUCCCUAAGAAUGAAAUGAAGUUUAUUACUUUCUUGUUAUGGCAUGCAUUCUUUCUGCUCCUCUUCUCCUACAAUAAUGGGGCUAUCAUACAAGCUUUGAAGUAUGAUUAUUCAGCAACUACAGAGUGUUUGGAGGAAGCUUGGAAAGUUCAAUAUGGUGGAGGGAUCAUACAAAAUCCAGAAUUCGAUGAUGGUAUCGAAGAAUGGACUGUUUUCGGACCAGGGAGGAUCCAAGAAAGGGUAACAAAAAGUGGGAACAAAUUCAUCGCGGCUAUUAACAGGACACAUCCAUCUGAUGGCCUUUCUCAGAGGGUUUUGAUUGAGAGUGGAAAACUUUAUGCAUUUUCAGCAUGGAUACAAAUAAGCGAGGGCAGUGAAAUUAUAGCUGUUAAAUUUAGAAGCCCUUGUGGUAAAUAUCUCCAUGGCGGCACUGUCAUAGCCGAGCAAGGAUGUUGGAGCAUGCUUAAAGGUGGCAUCGUUGCAAAUUUUACUGGCACGGUUGAUUUAACUUUUGAGACUAAUAACACAUGUGUUGAAGUCUGGGUUGAUAAUGUAUCGUUGCAACCGUUUACUAAGAAGCAAUGGAGAUUGCACCAAGAAUCAACCAUUGCAAAGGUGAGAAAGCGAAAGGUGAAAUUUCAAGUGACAGACAAAAAGAAUGCAGCAGUAAGAGGAGCAAAAAUUACUCUGAAGCAAACAAAGGCAGGUUUUCCAGUUGGAUGUGAAAUGAACUUGAACGUCCUAAAUAGUACAAAGUACCGAGAUUGGUUUAUUGCAUCAAGAUUCUCAGUCACUGCUUUUGGGAACGAAAUGAAAUGGUAUUUCACAGAAGAAAAGACGCGAGGGAAAGAAAACUAUACCAUUCCUGACGCGAUGCUACAAUUCUGUGAGCAGAACAACAUUGAUGUUCGAGGUCACAAUAUCUUUUGGGACGAUCCAAAGUACCAACCCACUUGGUUAAAUCUCAAUAUCAACCCAAAGAAGUUGGAAAAACUAGUUGAAAAGAGGCUGAAAUCGGUUGUUUUGAGGUAUAAAGGGAGAUUGAUUCAUUGGGAUGUUAUGAAUGAGAACUUGCAUUUUAGGUUCUAUGAGAAUAAACUUGGUAAAAAUGCUUCAGCAGAGAUUUAUGCUAGAACUUACGAGCUUGAUCAAAAGCCGAUUUUGUUCAUGAAUGAUUAUAGCACGAUAGAGGAUAGCGAAGAUGAAGAGUCAAUGCCUGCAAAAUAUGCCAAAAAGUUGAAAAGGGUUGUUUCAUAUUACAAGGAAAGGAGUAGUGGUAAUAAGAUGUUGCCUAUGGGAAUAGGGUUAGAAUCGCGGUUUGCUCCUGGUCAGCCUAAUUUUGCUUACAUGAGAGCAGGAAUAGACUACUUAGCUUCAAUGGGGUUCCCUAUUUGGCUUACUGAAGUCUUUGUUGAUAAAGGCGCGAACCAGGCAGAGUAUCUAGAGGAAGUUUUGAGGGAGGGAUACUCACACCCUGCUGUCAAAGGAAUUGUGAUAUGGCCUACUUCGCCGUUUAGCAAGGAGUGCAAAAUGUGUUUGAUUGACAUUGAUCAAGACUUUAAGACCACACCAACUGGAGAUGUAAUUGAUAAGCUGAUCGAGGAAUUGUUGAGCUCGAAACCAUUGAAGAUUUCAACCAAUGGACAUGGUUUUUCUGAAGAAGUAGUGCUGCUUCUUGGGGAUUAUGAAGUUACUGUAAGGCACCCUGAAUCAAAUUCUUGUACUAAGUUGAAGCUCAAGGUUACUGAAGAUAAAUCAGCAAUGUUUGUGAAUGUUCAGCUUGAUAAUAAUUAGGGGUGAGCAAAACCGGGUACCCGGUCAAAAUUUUAGGAUCCGGACCCGAAAUUGGUUGGAACCGGGUCCUAAAAUUUGGAACCGGUACAACCGGGUCCUAAAAUUUAGGAAUUGGAAUUGGUUCCACCGGGUACCGGUUCCGAUUUUGGGUACCCACUUAUAUAUAUAAGUGUUGAAAUAUACAAAUCAUAAUAUUUUUU